GGGCGGCGCCCCGAGCCCGGGCCCCGUGCGGCCCGCGCCCCCGGCCCCCGCUGAGCCCCGGGGGCCCCGCCGUGGCCGAGGCCAUGUUCCCCGUGUUCCCUUGCACGCUGCUGGCCCCCCCCUUCCCCGUGCUGGGCCUGGACUCCCGGGGGGUGGGCGGCCUCAUGAACUCCUUCCCGCCACCUCAGGGUCACGCCCAGAACCCCCUGCAGGUCGGGGCUGAGCUCCAGUCCCGCUUCUUUGCCUCCCAGGGCUGCGCCCAGAGUCCAUUCCAGGCCGCGCCGGCGCCCCCACCCACGCCCCAGGCCCCGGCGGCCGAACCCCUCCAGGUGGACUUGCUCCCGGUCCUCGCCGCCGCCCAGGAGUCCGCCGCGGCCGCGGCUGCCGCCGCCGCUGCCGCUGCCGCCGCCGCCGUUGCUGCUGCGCCCCCGGCCCCGGCUGCCGCCUCCACUGUGGACACAGCGGCUCUGAAGCAGCCCCCGGCGCCUCCUCCGCCGCCCCCGCCGGUGUCGGCGCCCGCCGCCGAGGCCGCGCCCCCUGUCUCUGCCGCCACCAUCGCCGCAGCCGCGGCCACCGCCGUCGUUGCCCCAACCUCGACGGUCGCCGUGGCCCCGGUCGCAUCUGCCUUGGAGAAGAAGACAAAGAGCAAGGGGCCCUACAUCUGCGCUCUGUGCGCCAAGGAGUUCAAGAACGGCUACAAUCUCCGAAGGCACGAGGCCAUCCACACCGGAGCCAAAGCCGGCCGGGUCCCCUCGGGUGCUAUGAAGAUGCCCACCAUGGUGCCCCUAAGCCUCUUGAGCGUGCCCCAACUGAGCGGAGCUGGCGGGGGAGGGGGAGAGGCGGGCGCCGGCGGCGGAGCUGCCGCAGUGGCCGCCGGUGGCGUGGUGACCACGACCGCCUCGGGAAAGCGCAUCCGGAAGAACCACGCCUGCGAGAUGUGCGGCAAGGCCUUCCGCGACGUGUACCACCUGAACCGACACAAGCUGUCGCACUCGGACGAGAAGCCCUACCAGUGCCCGGUGUGCCAGCAGCGCUUCAAGCGCAAGGACCGCAUGAGCUACCACGUGCGCUCACAUGACGGCGCUGUGCACAAGCCCUACAACUGCUCCCACUGUGGCAAGAGCUUCUCCCGGCCGGAUCACCUCAACAGUCACGUCAGACAAGUGCACUCAACAGAACGGCCCUUCAAAUGUGAGAAAUGUGAGGCAGCUUUUGCUACGAAGGAUCGUCUGCGGGCCCACACAGUACGACACGAGGAGAAGGUGCCAUGUCAUGUGUGUGGCAAGAUGUUGAGCUCGGCUUAUAUUUCGGACCACAUGAAGGUGCACAGCCAGGGCCCUCACCAUGUCUGUGAGCUCUGCAACAAAGGUACAGGUGAGGUCUGUCCAAUGGCAGGUGAGGUUUGUCCAAUGGCGGCGGCGGCGGCGGCAGCAGCAGCAGCAGCAGCAGCAGCAGUGGCAGCCCCACCCACAGGCGUGGGCUCCCUCUCUGGGGCCGAGGGGGUGCCUGUGAGCUCUCAGCCACUUCCCUCCCAGCCCUGGUGAGCUCCAAGUUGGUGGGGGGGAGAGGGGAGAAUGGAGGAAACUCCCUCGGUACCAUCUCCUCUUCCCCUCUCUUUUCCCACCAACUCCUCACUACUUCCCCCACCAACCAAGGAGCCUCCAGAAGGAAAGGAGGAAGAAAUGUUUUCUUAGGGGAAUUUGCUAGGUUUUAACGAUUUGUUUCUCCUGCUCCUCUCUCCUCCCUAUGAGACCUGACCCCAGACACACCUGUUCCCUUGGUUGUGUUGAAGUCCCCUGGACAGUGGGCAGGGGGGAGCAGAGGACAGGAGUGGCCACUGCCCUCACCCCCUCUCCUCUCUGUGACCCCCUGCCCUGCCCUUCCAGGGAUUGUGAGCCUUCUCCCUCGAUGGUCCUUCUUGCUCUCCUCCUUCCGGUGCCCCCGCCCCUACUGUCUGCUGCCCCUCCCUGGGGAGUUGGUGCUUUUUUUUUUUUUUUCCAGGGGGAGGGAGGAGAGGAAGGAGGGAAAUCAAAGAUUCUGUCCCAGAGAUGGGGAAAGGUGAGAUUUGAGAAGGGGCAGAAAGCAAAGGUUGUACCUUCAUCAGGUGGGGUUGUUUGGGGUCAGGCCCUGAACAUCAUCCUGCUUAAGAAUCUGUCAGGGGAAAACAAAGUCAAGGGGAGCAAAAGAAGGAGCCACUAGGGCCAGAGGCAGGACAAGAGAUGGAAUCCUAGGGGCCAGGGUAAAUGGAGGUAUCCAGGGACUAGAGGUGCUUCCUGGGGGUGGGGGGAAUGCAGCCACAGUGUCUCCCCCUUCCCUCUUCCACCCCAGCUCCAGCCCUGGCCUUUUCUUUUCAUCCCUCUCCCCCACGACAGAAGCUGUGGCCCUGGCCAUGUCAUCGUGUUCCGGUGUCCCCUGCAUGUUCCCCACCCUUCACCCCCUCCUUUUGCGCGGACCCCAUUACAAUAAAUUUUAAAUAAAAACGUG